UACGCCAUCCUCCCCCUCCUAGAAAAGGGCAUUUAAAGAGGUUUCUCGCAGAAAUCCCACAGAACCGAGUCGAGGAGCGCUUGACGCACGUCCACCACCGCCGCGCUACCUGGGUCCACGCUCUUCUCCCACAGGCACCAUGGUUCUGGCACAUGACGGACGGACAGUCAGACGUUACCGGAUGUGUUGCUUCCUCUAAAACCCUGUUUUAGACACGUCUCUGCUUCUACAACCCGCAUAUGUCUACAGCCCAUUUCACACGGGACAAGUACUUUUUAUUCAUGCCACCUCUGGACGGGAGCAGAGAGACCUCAGAGGAUGAAAGACCCUCUUCAGACCCAACAGGUCCAGUAAUCGUGAGCAGACUGCGCUUUAUGGCCAAACGCACAGAUCUUUAGGAUGAACGUUGUGACGCGCGUGUGUCUUCUGCUGAGCAGCUGGACUCUCCUGGACCUGCGUGCCGCGGGCGCCGUCGGCCUCGCAGGCUCGAGCGAGCUCCAGCACCGGUUUGCAGAGGCGGUGGGAACGGAACGAGGCCACCGACGGGCCGCAGGAGAACUUUCCGAACCUCUGGUUGCAGCAGGCAAAACCCCCGGGGCCGCUGCCGGUCUGAGGAACGCCGCACUUGUGGCGCCGGCGAGAAUCACGCGUAUCCGCGCGGGGCCGCCUUUGAUCACGGACGAAGCGGCUUCGGGAAGAAGCGGAGGCGCGGCGCCGACAUCAGCGUCGCCGCCGCCGCUCAGCGGAAGCCGCGCGCAGCCGCAGCGGGACAGAGCGGGCACCCUGGGGCGCAAAGACGCCGCGCGCCCCCGGCUGCCCGGCGGGGACGCGCACGCCAAAGCGCACGCUCCCGCUGCCUUCAGCGCACGCGCGGCCGCCAAAGGAGCCGGGACGGCGGCGUCGGGCGCCGCGUCGCCGGGGACAGCGUUUGUAAAGGUGGCUUCUCUUGCAACGAGUGCAGCGGCUUCGGGCCGAUCCGGACCUCCACAACGAGCCGCCGGCGCGCAGCUGCAGCAGAGCGGGGGAACCGGACACAAGGUCCCGAAGCAGAGCGAGCGGGAGCCUCCGAAGCAGCCGCUGGUGACUCCGCACGACUACAUGCUGUCGCUCUACUGGUCUCUGUCCAGCGGGGACCUGAACGGCAGCGCGCUGCACGAGGCGGGCCUGGCCAACACCAUCACCAGCUUGGUGGAUAAAGGACAAGACGAGCGUGGGCCCCAGCUCAGACGGCAGAGGUAUCACUUUAACAUCAGCUCCCUGGAACGAGACGAGCUCCUGGGGGCCGAGUUACACAUCCUGAGGAAGCGUGUGUCCGACCUCCGCAGAGCCAAGGACAGAGAGGCAGGAGGAGGGUCGCCGUGCCUGAAGCUGUCCACCUGCGCUCCAGGCAAACACAAGCCCGUCCUGCUCCAGACCAAGACCCUGGAGGAUGCAGGCAGCGGCUUCAGCAGGUGGGAAGUCUUUGACGUGUGGAAAGUCUUCAAAGGUUUCAAGAACCAGCAACAGCAGCCUCUCCAGCAGCUGUGCUUGGAGCUGGAGGCACUGGAGCACAGAGGUGGCCGGCCCCUGGACCUGCGCACUCUGGGCUUCGCCCGACCCGCCAGGACCAGCAAGGAGAAGGCCUUCUUCCUGGCGUUUGGCCGAAGCAAGAAACGCGACCUUUUUUACAAUGAGAUCAAAGCGCGAUCCGGCCACGACAACAAAACCGUCUACGAGUAUCUGUUCACCCAGAGGCGCAUGCGACGGGCGCCGGCUGUGAGGUCGGUGAAGAAGCCGCUCCAGCCCAACUCGCUGCCUCAGCACCAGGCGGUGAAGGCCAAGGCGCGCUGCACCCGGAAGCACCUCCACGUGAACUUCAAGGAGAUGGGCUGGGAUGACUGGAUCAUCGCGCCGCUGGAGUACGACGCCUACCACUGCGAAGGCGUCUGCGACUUCCCCAUCCGCGCCCACCUGGAGCCCACCAACCACGCCAUCAUACAGACCCUGAUCAACUCCAUGGACCCGGGGGCCACGCCGCCCACCUGCUGCGUCCCCACCAAGCUCACCCCCAUCAGCAUUCUCUACAUAGACUCGUCCAACAACGUGGUGUACAAGCAGUACGAGGACAUGGUGGUGGAGGCUUGUGGGUGCAGGUAGCUGCUGAGGAAAGACGUUUGAGCUCAGCACCAAGCCAAGACCUGUUAGAGACAGACUGAGACUAUCAGGCUGCAGCACAGGGUCAAAGACACGAUGACUUGGAAUGAUGCACCCGAUCACACGUUGCUGUUGUGUCUGUAAAAAGUGUGACUUGUAAUCAAAAUGCCUAUUUCCUUUGCCCUGAGUCAUUUCUACACCUUAUCUGAUACUUUUCUAUGAAGCAUUUGAAGAAUUUCCUAUGUCUAAAUAUCAGCGAGUGAGGAAGUGAUGAUCUGACCUAUUCCAAUAAAAAGUGUCUGAAUGAGUGAGA